AUGCCCACAGAACUAGAAGAGCUGGUGGAGUUUCUUCACCAUGGAAACACCCAAAUUCGACAGAUUGCCUGUGAGAAUCUAGUUGGCUUCUCUACAGCCCAACCCAGUCUAUUUAAGCGCCACCAACUACUGCCAGUGCGCGACCUGAAGCUUUUGGCCCGAGACUAUACACCUAUCGCGAAAAAUGCCUUGACUAUCCUGAUCAAUUUGUCGGCUGAUGAAGAGAUAUUGAAAAGCUUAGCUGAGGAUGAUCAGUUCAUUGAGACAUUGUUGUUGAAAUUAACAAAUGUCAAAGAUCCGAACGUUGAUGAGGUGGCCAUGCUACUGGCAAACCUUGUAAAGUCCGACCACCUACAGAAGCUCCACACGCUGAAACGCAAAGCCCCCGAGUCGGUAUCUAGUUCAGAGAAUGCCAUCGACCAACUGAUGGAUUGUUUCGUGAAGGGAGCCGAGGGGAACCUUAACAAGCACGCCAACUACGACUACCUGUCAUACAUGUUUGCCGACCUAUCGCAAUCCGAAGCAGGUCGUAAAUAUUUUACUACGCGUCAGGAGUACGAUGGGGUGGUCCCCAUUACCAAGCUGACCGUCUUCACGGAACACAAAAGUGACAUCCGCCGCAAGGGCGUGGCCUCCACAAUUAAGAAUGUGGCCUUCGAUAUUUCCUCGCAUCCUAUGCUGUUCGCUGAGGAUGAAGCCAACCUGUUGCCAUAUCUACUCUUGCCGAUCGCAGGCCCUGAAGAGUUUCCCGAUGAUGAAAUGUCGUCAAUGCUGCCAGAUCUCCAGCUACUACCCCCAGACAAGGAGCGAGAGUCCGACAACUCCAUUCUUAUCACUCACCUAGAGACAUUGCUUCUGUUGACUACUACUCUUGAAGGUCGGGAAAAGAUGCGUGAUGUGCAGGUGUACCCUUUUAUCCGUGAAUGUCAUCUCAAUGUCGAGGACGAUGAUGUGCGAGAGGCGUGCGAUCGACUUGUGCAGGUGUUGAUGCGAGAUGAGGCAGGCGAAGGAGCCAAGACUGAGGCCGAUUUGGAACAAGCUCAAGUCCAAGCGCAGAUUGAGGCAUCUUCAAAGAAUGAGGAUGAGAAAAUAGAGGAAUUAGACAGUAGCGACUGCAAUGGAAACUACGACUUGAAUUUGACGUAUGAUUCCGACUCCGAUCCUUUGAAACCCGUCCGAUCAGGAACCUCUAUCGCACAGCAGUUCCGGGCCCUCAUGUCGCACGUCCCUCUGGUACGCUCGUUGCUAGGCUCAUCGUCGGACGACGCUGCCGAGAUUCUACAAGAGGAUCUUGAAAACAAUGAUGACUCCGAUUCUCAUCGGCGAAAAAAUCCACAGAAGAGCCUAUUCAGAUCACAAAACGACAGCUCUGACUCCGAGAGCUGCGUGGAGGGCCCAUCGACUGAUGGACAGAGCGCAAAAAGAAGACGAUCUCAUUCUACUGUGAGACGAAGAAGCAAUGGCUGGUACAGCGAGGGUCGUAAUCGACGACCUUCAGCAGCAACUUCUGAUAUUGGAAUGGGUGCCGACUCCAAAUUCUCGUUUGCGACGGGUCUCGCAGUACCGGGAAACCCAGUAAUGCAAGAAACUCCGGUCUCUUCGACUUAUAUUCCCAGCGACGGGGAAGAUAUAUCGGAUAUAGAUGACGAAGACCCAAAAUCUCCAGAAGAUGAUCCCCCAGAUAAUUCACCUUACUCACAAGUUCGAGCUGCUGUACCUGCGACAGAUGACAUCUCUCUUUCUAUUAACACUCCCCGUAUGUGGAUUCUCUCACUGCUGUUCUCUUUGGCUGGGUCUGCUGCAAACCUUUUCUUCUCACUUCGCUACCCAAGCGUUUCCAUCACACCGAUUAUUGCGCUGGUGUUGGUCCAUCCACUAGGAAAAUUCUGGGACGUGCUUCUGAAGAAGUCCGAUGACCCCCUUGAAGUGUUUGAGAACGGUUCUCUUCAUCACCGAGAGCCACAAUCAGGCAAUAUUGACUGCCUAGAAUCUUCCUGGGGAAAUAGGAUACGAAUCUGGCUGGCCCAGGGUCGUUGGAAUGAAAAAGAACAUGCCUGUGUCUACAUAAGUAGCAACGUGUCGUUCGGAUUUGCCUUCGCGACUGACGUCAUCGUGGAGCAACAUAAGUUCUACAACCAGGAAGUUCCUAUCCUAUAUCAGCUACUGCUGAUCAUUUCUACUCAAGUCCUCGGGUACUCCUUCGCUGGAAUUACUAGACGUUUUCUUGUGCGACCAUCAGCCAUGAUAUGGCCGGGAACGCUCAUGUCGACAGCAAUGUUCUCUACAAUGCAUAAGACUGCUAAUAAAAAGGCAGAUGGAUGGAGUAUCUCACGAUACAAGUUCUUCAUCCUUGUUUGGGGAGGUGCGUUUCUCUGGUACUUUAUACCCGGCUUUUUGAUGCCGGCUCUCAGCUAUUUUAGCGUGAUCACUUGGUUCGCCCCCAAAAAUGUCGUGAUAUCAAAUCUGUUUGGCGUGGCCUCUGGUCUGGGAAUGUUCCCCUUAACUUUUGACUGGGCCCAAAUUGCAUAUAUCGGAUCUCCAUUGCUCACACCGUGGUGGGCUGCUGCUAAUAUUGUCACUGGCCUGGUGGUUGUCACAUGGAUUCUUGCCCCAAUAUUGUAUUAUAAAAAUGUUCUUUUCUCCUCGUACAUGCCCAUUUUGUCUGCAGCAGUCUUUGACAACACCGGUCAUCCAUACGACGUGAGUCGAAUCCUAACAGCGGACUAUUUGUUUGAUGAAAAAGCUUAUAAGGCCUAUUCUCCUGUUUAUCUCCCUAUCACCUAUGUAUUGUCGUAUGGUGUCCAGUUUGCUGCUCUGACAUCUCUCGUUACCCACACCGCUUGCUGGUAUGGUAAAGAUAUUUGGCAUCAAACUAAGAAGGCCUUUGAGGAACGGCGGGAUCUUCCUGAUCUGGACACAUAUCAGCCCCUUCAGAGUGAUAGUGGUCACUCUCAGCCUCGUUGUAGCCACGACUUUUCCGGAGACGGCUCUCAAGAUCCCACUCGGGAGAUACUGUCGGGUGAAGAUGUCCACUGUCGCCUAAUGAGGCGUUACAAAGAUGCUCCACUCACAUGGUAUCUCAUCGUUUUUAUAACGACGCUAGCAAUUGCCACUUACACCGUGGAGCACUACCAAACUCACUUGCCCUGGUUUGGACUGUUGUUAGCCCUCGGUAUUACCUGUGUGUUUUUCAUCCCCGUUGGUAUUAUUAUGGCUGUAACAAACCAGCACAGCAGUCUCUAUCUAAUCUGUCAGCUCAUCUGUGGUAUUGUCUUUCCUGGGCGACCUGUUGCAAAUAUGAUUUUUGUGACCUACUCGUAUAUCAGCUCCGCCCAGGGCAUCAAGUUUUCCUCGGAUCUCAAACUCGGCCACUACAUGAAGAUUCCGCCACGUAUUCUCUUCACCGUGCAAAUGGUGGCGACACUGGUGUCUAGCUUAGUUCAAAUUGGCGUUUUGAAUUGGAUGUUCAUUUACAUUCCAAAGCUAUGUACGCCCCAGGCGAUGAAUGGUUUCAACUGCCCCAUUGCACGGGUUCAUUUCAACGGCAGUGUUCUUUGGGGAGUCGUGGGACCGCAGCGCUUCUUUGGUCCCGGGGGUCUAUAUCGCCCUCUGGUGUGGGCGUUCUUGGUGGGUGCUGUGGCACCCCUAGGGGCUUGGGCUCUUGGUCGUCAAAGCAAGAAAAGCUUCUGGCGCAAGGUAAAUUUCCCCAUUCUAUUCGGCAGUCUCAGUUGGAUUCCUCCAGCUACCGGUUUGAACUUCUCCGUCUGGGCGUUGGUCUGCUUUGUAUUUAACUAUGUCAUCCGACGUCGAAGAACAGCCUGGUGGGAGAAGUAUGCCAUGACUCUUUCGGCUGCCUUAGAUUCAGGAUUGGCCUUUGCGGUGAUAGUUGUAUUCUUCGCAAUUGUGUACCCUGGUUGGGCUUCAGGGUUCAAGUGGUGGGGAACAGAAAUCUACAAGCAAGGUUGCGAUUGGUAUGCAUGUCCAUAUCGGUCCUUAGAACCUGGUCAGAAAUUUGGGGAAUAA